CCCUUUACUAUUGGUUCGGUAAGGUUUAAUCCUGAAGCAGCUUUAAAUCCUAGCUAAAUGACACGCAGCACACAGCCUGGCUAUAUUACAUAUUCAUCAUGGCGAGUUUUCAAGCUAUCACCACUCCCGCGGCUGCCAACACAUCGCACCAGAGCUGUGGUAAUGAGAGCUCCACUAAUGGCUCUGGAGGAUACACCCACGAUGGUUUUGUCAGCUUUAAGGCUGCAGAGACUGUCAUUGAGUUGGCGUCCAUGUUCAAGGAGAAGCCAGAUCCAUCCAAUUUAGUGUUUGGAACAGCGUUUACAGACCACAUGCUUACGAUCGAAUGGUCAGCCAGUGAUGGAUGGCAGAAACCUCACAUAGGACCUUUUAAGAAUCUGUCAGUGCACCCAGCAUCUUCAGCUCUGCACUAUGCUGUAGAGUUAUUUGAAGGACUGAAGGCUUACCGUGGUGUUGAUAACAACAUUCGGCUUUUCCGACCAUUGAAUAAUAUGGAGAGGAUGCUGAGGUCUGCCUGCAGAGCUGGUUUACCUAGUUUUGAUAAGGAGGAGUUGCUCAAGUGCAUCAAAAAGCUUGUCGAAAUUGAAAAGGCUUGGGUCCCCAACUCCAGCAGUGCUAGCCUUUACAUUCGGCCUACGUUAAUAGGAACUGAGCCUUCCCUGGGCGUUAAGAAGCCUUCCCAAGCCUUGCUGUAUGUGAUCCUCAGUCCUGUGGGGCCAUACUUCUCUACCGGGAGUUUUAGCCCUGUGUCACUGUGGGCUGAUCCAAAAUACACCCGAGCCUGGAGAGGUGGAACAGGAGACUGCAAAAUGGGAGGGAAUUAUGGUGCGUCAAUAUAUGCCCAAUAUGAAGCCUUGGAAGUGGGAUGUCAACAGGUUCUCUGGCUUUAUGGAGACAACCAUCAAAUAACUGAAGUUGGAACCAUGAACCUGUUUCUGUAUUGGAUUAAUGAAAAUGGAGAUGAAGAAUUGGCCACACCACCUUUAGAUGGUGUCAUUCUACCAGGUGUUACCAGACAGAGCAUUAUAGAUCUUGCCCAUGAAUGGGGUGAAUUUAAAGUAACUGAGCGCUAUCUGACCAUGGGGAACCUGACAGCUGCCUUGAAAGAAAACCGAGUGAAAGAGAUGUUCGGAGCAGGAACUGCCUGUAUUGUGUGCCCAGUGGGACGCAUAUUAUACAAGGGAAAUAAUUUGCAUAUCCCAACUAUGGAUAAUGGACCAAAGUUAACUGCAAGAAUACUGAAGCAGCUCACUGACAUCCAAUAUGGCAGAAUUGAGAGUGACUGGACAUACUUGGUGCAGUGAAGAAGAGGAGGAGGAGAUCAGUUUUAGUGAAACACAAUCUGUGCAUACACUUUAUCGUUACAAGUUUGUGAUGUUCUCAUAGCAGUACUUAUAAUAGCAUAGACUUAUUGAUAUGAAAUGCAAAAACUUUAAUGUAAGUACAAUAAGUUUUUACCUCAGAAAUGAUGGUAGAUAAAUUGUGGAUGUGCAAUUGUUGUGCUGUAAAGGCCAUAUGCAAUUAUUUGAUUUAAAUUUUCUGAAAGCGUACACUUUUUGUUUUGAUACUUUUGCACCAUGAGUUAAAUUUGUAUUUGUCAGCUCAUGUUUUAAUUAGGUUUACACAUAGUAACUAGCUGGCGCAACAGGCUCACCCACUUUUUUAAAAAUUAUAUUUUAGCUCAAAAACUUCCAGCUUCAGCUUUUCACAUCAUAUGAUGAAUUCUUUUAACAAAGGUUUUAUGUAUCAGCAUUAUCUGCAUGCCUAUGUGUAUGUGAUACAGUAAAGAAGUCAAAAAUGUAUAUUUUUACUUAGUAAUUACAUUUUAUUUUGAAAAUCUAGGACCUGCUUCGGAUGUCAUCAUUUUUAUGUACGCUUUGUGGGGUGGGGGUCUUGAAAAAGAGCCUGCUGUGUACACUUGCUCAGUGGGACUGGUAAACUUGAUUUAAAUAAUUCUUGCUCUCUUACAUUAAACAGUACAAAAGCACAUACAAUUGGUUACUAUGUACUUACCAUUUUGUAAAUUUGAAUACAAAAAUCUACAGUUUACAGUCCAGUUUAUAAUGAAGUCAUCAAUAAAUAAAUUAAUACAAUAACUUAGUUGUAUGUAAUAUAGUUGAACCCCAUCCCUUUCUAUAUUUGUAGAGAUGUAUUACUUUUUAAUAGGACCUCUAUCUUUUUUAAAAUGGUUCAACCAAAAAACAGGGUAAUAUUUGUUUAUAUUGUAUUAAGGCGUUGAUUUAAUCAACCUAUUACAUGGCAGGAUAAAUCACAGGUGGAACACUGGGGAAUCCCCCGGGACUGUGUCAACCACUUAUGUGUGGUUAUUCCUAUGAUAUAAACAAAAUCCAGGGGUGACUUUGCCUGGCAGGGUAUGGUAGGUUGACCAAAUCAACCCCUAAGUUACACUGUAUAUAACUUUUAUAGCAAUUUUACAUCAAAAACAUACUGUAAGGUUAGCAAUAGUUUCAGUGCUAUAAACUAUAAAACAUGAAGCAAAUCUAUAGCAACGUCUUUCAAAUAUCUGCAUAUUACAAACUGAAUAAUUUUGAAUAAAAUUGAAUUUCAUUGAUAGAAAUUGACUUUGUCUAUAGGUCUGCUUUGUGACUUUGAAUAAUGUCAUGGAAUUAAAAAACAUUGUAGAUUUUACAAAGUAAAAGAAAAUCUGUUUUAUUUCGAGCCGUCUUUCUGAUUUUUAUUAUUUUCACUCGGGUGCCAUACCUUUGAUGGUCUUUUUCUGCAUCUGCACUAAAUAAACAAGGUUAAAAACUAAUGUAUCAACAAACACAGAACAGUUGCAUAUGGCCUUUUAAAUACUGUUAUUGAAGUGUUGUAAUUAGCAAUAAGUUCAGUAGAAAAAAACAGUCAAUAGUGCCUCUGUGGUAAUGUACCUGUAUCUUUCAUAUAAUGUGUGCUGUGUUUCUGUUGUACUGGACAUGUAAUUUGCAAAAUUCUAAAAUUGAAAGUGAUGGCAAACUGACAAGCUUUAUAUUCAGUCAUUGUUGUAAAUGUUGCCAGUUAUAUACACCAUGUUGAAAACCAUGCAUCAAAUGGUUACAAAUGUAACAGCUGCCACUGAAACCACAAAUAGACUAUUGACAUGAUAACAUUUGCUGGACUGAGAUUCCCCACUGGCAAGUCUGCUUGUUACAGGACAGACCAUUGCAGUAAAUAAAUACAGUUAGCGAAUCUACAAAUCUCUGUGGAGCUUCAAUAGCUUCACAGUGUGGUUUAAAUUUUGGACUACAAUGCCCUAUGUAAAAGACAUGCAUGUGCCAGACACUUCAAUGCAGCAAUGUCAGUUAUAAAACCUUGGACUAGAUUCCUAAAGUUUUAUUUUUAUUCUUGUAAGGUCUUCCAUUUCCAAGUCUGUUUUUUUUUUUCUUCUUGGGGGUAUAGGUAAUAUUCUAAUUAACUGUAUUUAAUACUUUACUGACAUAAGUAUAGACAAACAAUGUUGAGAGAGUUUGGUGGAGUUAUGUAUUCAAUGUACCAGUUACAAAAUGUUGACAAAUAAUGGAAAAUCACUAAAUAGGGUUUUUGGAAUUUUUAAACUUAUUUUUCUACACUUUUUGUGUUUGGUUCAUGCUUAAUAUAUAUUUACUACACAUUUAGUCAGUCACUAAAUGCUUAAUAUAAACUCAAAGGCAAUAGCCAUUAAUUUCAAGGUUUUUCUCCAUCCAGUUGGGGGUGACUGCUCAGUCCGGCUAAUUAAUCUUAUUUCCAAAUGCUGCUAAAUAAUUCCAAGAUGUGGAAUGGUGGUAACAUGUCUAAAAUAUUGUUGAAAAAGCUGUGAUUUAAAUUAUUAUUAUUUAUUUCUUAGCAGACGCCCUUAUCCAGGGCGACUUACAAUUGUUACAAGAUAUCACAUUAUUUUUACAUACAAUUACAUUAUUUUUAUUUUUUUUUUACAUACAAUUCCCCAUUUAUACAGUUGGGUUUUUACUGGAGCAAUCUAGGUAAAGUACCUUGCUCAAGGGUACAACAGCAGUGUCACCCAAUGGGGAUUGAACCCACAACCCUCUGGUCAAGAGUCCAGAGCCCUAACCAGUACUCCACACUUUUGACACAUUUUACUGAUGUGUCACUGAAAUUUCAAAAUAAUUUUAAUAAAAACAAAAUUCCUAAUUCAACCUGCAACAUUUGUAUAUAAAUAAAAAUAUAUUAAAAACAAUAAAUAAACAUAAUGUGUAAAGGGAAACUGGCACCUUUUACAAAGGAAAUGGAAAUUUAACAUUUUUGAAAAGGUUUUAAUUUAAAUAAAUAUGUCUUGGUUUGCAGUUCUGUAGUGGUUUAAAAGCACAAGUAAUGAUUAAUAAAAGUGAAAAGCUUCUGUUUAUGCUGUUUUGUUUUCAUCAAAAUGUAUACAUAAUUACAUAUAGACACAUUGGAAAGCCCCACAGACACAGGUUGGUGGCACGUCUAUGAUAUCUAUGAUACUUGGAGUAGGGGUUCUGGCUACAUUCCAAUACAGAGAAACAAUUCUGGACUGAAAGGUUGAUUUGAUCAGUUUACAACCUGCUGAGAUAAGCCACUCCUGGAUUUUAUAAGAGGAUUUUACAACAAGUAUUGCAUUAUCCAACUAUUUUUGGGGUAAUACUGGGAUAGUCCUCGGGGAUUCCCCAGUACUCUAAAAUGCUCUAAUAAAAUCCAGAUGGGAUUAGAGUCCAUUGGGGUAAAGGUAUAUCAAACUGACCCAUAGAUCUAAGUAGGGUAUAUGAAACUGCAGCCUUGGAUACAUUAUUAUUAUUAUUAUUAUUAUUUAUUUCUUAGCAGACACCCUUAUCCAGGGUGACUUGCAAUUGUUACAAGAUAUCACAUUAUUUUUACAUACAUACACUAAUAAAGAAAAGUAACAUACAGGUUAAAAAGUUGGGAAAAAUAAAAGCCAAUCACAAUUUAGAACCAACCUGGCAGAUGGCAAUUGAACUCAUAAACCUUAUAGAUUGCUGAGAAAUAUGGCCCCACGAACAGGAUACAAUUCCCAUACACAACCCAGUCCAGGGGGGAACAAUGCCCCAUCUAAAAUUACAGCUUUGCUAUGCCACAGGCAGUUAUGAAGGGUAAAUAUAGACUUGCCAGAACCAUGAUUAAAACAUGGCCUAUUUUAAUUAGACAUAAUUAAUUAAUUUGCCCUGGUUCUAAAACAAAGUUUAAAGUAUCUGGAGAUUAUUAUAAAAUAUACAAAGAUUUUAGUCCCUUCUUAAUAAAUGAAAUUACAGAACCCUCCUCUGUUAAUGAUAUGUACAGUUAGAUCAUUACAUAAAUAUUUUAUAUAUAACUUUUGUUGUGCAGUGUGACAGGGUACACCCUGCCCCUGUGUGUAUUGUAUUAUUUUGUAUUAUUAUUAUUUAAAAUGUUUGGUUUAAUGUGUAAAAACACAAUGUUUUGUUGUUAUUGUUUACAGCCUGGAUGGGGUUAAAAUGCCCCAUCCAGAUAAAAUCGUGGGAAUGCUUGGUCAACAGCGAGUGAUUGUUGACAAAUUGGCUGUUGACCACACAUAUGAGAAAACCUGUGCCGAAUGUGGUCAAAAGAUAAACUAGGUAAUUGAUAGCCAGUUAAUCCCUCAGCCACAAUAUAAAACAAGCAGCGUUGGCUGAAUGUAGUUAGUGUGUUCAGAGGUGGAAUGAGAGACGUGAGUCAUGAGAUAAGAAACUAAUAUCUAAUAAUAAUUGCUACCCAUGCUGGUUUUACACGAUACUUGUUUGGUUUUGUUUGGUUUUGUCUCUGUUUUAGCCACCGUGCCGUUUUGUUUGCGUUUUCGUUUUGUUAAACUUUUGUUUUAUAAUAAAUCUGUGCAGCAGUA